AAUAGAAGAUUACAUGAAGUAAAUCAGACACUCUUGCAGUAGCCAUUGGGACUGCCGGCUAAAAAAGAAAUUAAAAUGUUAUUCAAGAUUAUAUUUUGUUUAUUAAUACUUGGCCGGCUUUUCGACGAAAUCUUGUCUGACGGUAACGUCUGUUAUCGGGACUUGGUCGAGCCCGGCCCGUGUAAAGGGAAAUUCCCCAGGUACGGAUACGACAAGAAAUUAGGAAGAUGCCGUAAAUUCUACUGGGGCGGCUGUGAAGACAAUGGAAACAAUUUCAAGUGUUUGUCCGAAUGCAUAGACACUUGCGAGACUCGGUGUGAUUAAGUGACCACAUAUUACAUAACACAAAAUUUCGUACAAAUAUACCUACAUAAUAAAUAAAUAUUGUCUA